AUGGAAGAAAAUGGAGUGGACCACAUUGGGUAUGGUUGUGAUAUAGAUAGUAGUUAUUUUACUGACUUUGUAGACUUCGUUCCAGAAAGCAAUGUCAAAUUCUUGGUUGGAGCAUUUGAUGGUUAUUUCAACUAUGCCAAGAUGGCACAGGCCUAUAUCUACAUUAAAGAAUGCGGCGCAGAAUACAUUGCUACAAAUGUUGAUAUGAAUCACGCUCUGAAUGAAGCAAGACUGCUCCCUGGUACAGGUGCAGUUCUAGAAGGACUAACUCAGAGUCUCGGAAUACAGCCCAAAGUUCUGGGAAAACCAUCUCAUUUAAUGUUUGAUAUGAUAAGAAGUGAGCACAACCUACAGGACAAAUCUAAAGUAUUAAUGGUGGGAGACACACUUGAGUCUGACAUUCAGUUUGGGAUUAAUUCAGGUGUUGAUACAGCUCUAGUGCUGAGUGGUAUUACAUCACGUGAUAUGCUGGAUCAGGACACUUCAAUUAAACCAACAUUUGUACUGGACAGCAUUGCAGAGUUACUCAAAUAG